AGGGCUGAGAUCCGCCGGCGCAGCCAGAAGCCUGAGGCGGGCGGCUGUGGGGCGCCCGCGGCCCGCGAGGUGCUCCUGGUGCUCAGCGCGCCCUUCCUGCGCUGCGUCCCCGCGCCGGGCGCCGGGGCCUCGGGGGGCGCGGGUCCCACAGCGGCGCAGCCCAACACCGCCGUGUUCAUCUUCGAGCACAAGGCGCAGCACAUCUCGCGCUUCAUCCACAACAGCCACGACCUCACGUACUUUGCCUACCUGAUCAAGGCGCAGCCGGACGACCCGGAGUCGCAGAUGGCCUGCCACGUUUUCCGCGCCACAGACCCUAACCAGGUUCCUGAUGUCAUCAGCAGCAUAAGGCAAUUAUCUAAAGCUGCCAUGAAAGAGGAUGCCAAACCCAGCAAAGAUAAUGAGGAUGCCUUUUACAACUCUCAGAAGUUUGAGGUCUUGUAUUGCGGGAAGGUGACAGUGACCCACAAGAAGGCCCCUUCCAGCCUCAUCGACGACUGCAUUGAGAAGUUCAGCCUCCACGAGCAGCAGCGCCUGCGGAUGCAAGGCGAGCAGCGGGGCUCGGAGCCCAGCGAUGACCUCCUAGUCCUGGAGGCUGAGGCGCCUGCGGCUCUGGGGGACCGCCUGCUGGAGGAGGUGGAGUGUGUCACCGAACCCCAGCCUGCCUUGCCUGCAGUAGUCAGCCAGCCUGCUCUGGCCAGCUCUCGAGUUGGCAUCCCAGAGCGGAUUCUGGAAGAUUCUGACUUUGACGAACAGCAGGAGUUCCGGUCUCGGUGCAGCAGUGUCACCACCGGAUCCCUGCAGAGGAAAGUUCACGAAAGCAGCCAGAAACCACAGCCGCGAAGGAGACACGCGAGCGCGCCUAGUCACGUCCAGCCCUCGGAUUCCGAGAAGAACAGAACCAUGCUGUUCCAGGUGGGGCGAUUUGAGAUUAACCUGAUCAGUCCGGACACUAAAUCAGUUGUGCUAGAAAAGAAUUUUAAAGAUAUCUCCUCUUGUUCUCAGGGUAUAAAGCAUGUCGAUCACUUCGGCUUUAUCUGUCGGGAGUCUCCGGAGCCUGGGCUGAGCCAGUACACUUGCUAUGUGUUCCAGUGUGCCAGCGAAUCUCUGGUCGAUGAGGUAAUGCUGACUCUGAAGCAGGCUUUCAGUACGGCCGCUGCCCUGCAGAGCGCCAAGACCCAGAUUCAGCUGUGCGAGGCCUGCCCCAUGCACUCUCUGCACAAGCUCUGCGAAAGGAUCGAAGGUCUUUACCCUCCAAGGGCCAAGUUGGUCAUACAGAGACAUCUCUCAUCACUGACAGAUAACGAGCAAGCUGACAUCUUUGAACGAGUCCAGAAAAUGAAGCCAGUCAGUGACCAGGAAGAAAAUGAACUUGUGAUUUUACACCUGAGGCAGCUGUGUGAAGCCAAGCAGAAGACACACGUGCACAUCGGGGAAGGCCCCUCGGCUAUUUCGAAUAGUACAAUCCCAGAAAAUGCAACAAGCAGUGGAAGAUUUAAACUUGACAUUCUGAAAAAUAAAGCUAAAAGAUCCUUAACUAGCUCCCUAGAAAAUAUCUUCUCAAGGGGAGCGAACAGAAUGAGAGGUCGGCUUGGAAGUAUGGACAGCUUUGAACGGUCCAACAGUCUUGCUUCAGAGAAGGACUACUCACCGGGGGACUCUCCCCCAGGGACGCCGCCAGCUUCUCCACUGUCCUCAGCUUGGCACACAUUCCCUGAAGAGGAUUCGGACUCCCCACAGUUUCGGAGACGGGCACACACAUUCAGCCACCCACCUUCUAGUGCAAAGAGAAAGCUGAAUUUGCACGACGGGCGGGCCCACGGGCUACGCUCCCCUUUGCUGAGACAGAGCUCCAGCGAGCAGUGCAGCAUUCUUCCAUCAGCUCGACGUAUUCACAAGGAGAGUAAUUCUUCCUCCAGUCUUCCAAGUCUUCACACUUCCUUGUCUGCCCCUUCCUUCACUGCCCCCUCUUUCCUGAAAAGCUUUUACCAGAAUUCAGGUAGACUGUCCCCACAGUAUGAAAAUGAAAUCAGUGAUGGAGAAGGGAGAAAAAGGACCUCAUCUACCUGCAGCAACGAGUCCCUAAAUGCUGGAGGAACCCCUGUCACUCCUCGCCGAAUCUCCUGGAGGCAGCGCAUCUUCCUCAGGGUUGCUUCUCCCAUGAACAAAUCCUCGGCAAUGCAGCAGGAUGGACUGGACAGGAAUGAGCUAUUACCACUGUCCCCUCUCACGCCGACCAUGGAAGAGGAGCCUAUGGUCAUAUUCCUGUCUGGUGAUGAUGACCAUGAGAAGGUUGAAGAAAAAAAGAAAUCGAAAGAGCUAAGGAGCUUGUGGAGAAAAGCUAUACACCAACAAAUCUUGUUGCUUCGAAUGGAAAAAGAAAACCAGAAACUGGAAGAAGCAAGCAGAGAUGAACUCCAAUCCAGAAAAGUUAAAUUAGACUACGAAGAAGUUGGUGUUUGUCAGAAGGAGGUCUUGAUAACCUGGGAUAAGAAGUUGUUAAACUGCAGAGCUAAAAUCAGAUGUGAUAUGGAAGAUAUUCAUACCUGUCUUAAAGAAGGAGUUCCCAAAAGUCGACGAGGAGAAAUCUGGCAGUUCCUAGCUCUGCAGCAUCGCCUGAGACACAGAUUGCCGAAUAAACAGCAGCCUCCUGACAUGUCCUAUAAAGAACUCUUAAAGCAACUCACCGCCCAGCAGCACGCCAUUCUCGUGGACUUGGGAAGGACAUUUCCUACUCACCCUUACUUUUCAGUACAGCUUGGGGCAGGGCAGCUGUCACUCUUUAACCUCCUGAAAGCGUAUUCUCUGCUGGACAAGGAAGUGGGCUACUGUCAGGGGAUCAGCUUUGUGGCUGGCGUCCUGCUUCUGCACAUGAGUGAAGAGCAAGCCUUCGAGAUGCUGAAAUUCCUCAUGUAUGACCUGGGCUUCCGCAAGCAGUACAGACCCGACAUGAUGUCACUACAGAUUCAAAUGUACCAGCUGUCCAGGCUCCUUCAUGACUACCACAGAGACCUCUACAAUCACCUUGAAGAAAAUGAAAUCAGCCCCAGUCUUUAUGCUGCCCCCUGGUUCCUCACAUUGUUCGCCUCUCAAUUUCCAUUAGGAUUUGUAGCCAGAGUUUUUGAUAUUAUUUUUCUUCAGGGAACUGAAGUUAUAUUUAAGGUUGCACUCAGCUUACUGAGCAGCCAGGAGACACUUAUAAUGGAAUGUGAAAACUUUGAAAAUAUUGUUGAAUUUCUUAAAAGCACGCUACCUGAUAUGAAUACUUCUGAAAUGGAAAAAAUUAUUACCCAGGUUUUUGAGAUGGAUAUUUCUAAACAAUUACAUGCCUAUGAGGUGGAGUAUCACGUGCUACAGGACGAGCUUCAGGAAUCUUCGUAUGCCUGUGAAGAUAGUGAGCCCAUAGAGAAGCUGGAGAGGGCCAACAGCCACCUGAAAAGACAAAACAUGGACCUCCUAGAGAAAUUACAGGUGGCUCAUGCUAAAAUCCAGGCCUUAGAAUCAAACCUGGAAAAUCUUUUGACCAGAGAGACCAAAAUGAAGUCUUUAAUCCGGACCCUGGAACAAGAAAAAAUGGCCUAUCAGAAGAUCGUAGAGCAAAUCCGGAAGCUGCUGCCAGCCGAUGCCGUCGCCACAUGUGAACUGCUGCUGAGAGACCUCAACUGCAACCCAAACAACAAAGCCAAGAUGGGAACUAAGCCAUAACUGGAGAUGUGCGGUCUCAGCGGGAAGUGCCCCUUAGGCUGCUCCAGAUAGGAGGAGCCUGCAUGCUGCAGGCCCCUGGCUGGACACUGGAGCUGGUGGAAACACCUUACCCUGGUGCUGAGCCCUAAACGCAGGAGACCUCGCUCUCACCAAUGCAGGCCAAUCCUAAGCCAUUGUACAUAGGAAGACUGGUUUUUGUCUUUGUUGCUGACUAUG